AGGUUUGUAAGAGAUGGAAUAGUGAGCGUUCAGCCAUUGUAACUUUGCUGUAAACUCACGUCUGCUCCGUUUAAUGAUCAGCUUCCGUCUUUUACCUGACUAACAAAACCGUUAUUUUUUUCUGUUUAUCACUACCGAAGUAUUUGAUAAGAGGGUAUCAGUCAUGAGUGAUAGACAGAGCAACGGUGAGUACAAAUAUCAAAGAGAUGAAAAUGCCGACGUUAAAGUAAGAGUAUCAUCGGAGAAAGAACGAGAUGAAAAAGAGCAUCAAGUUGACAAAGCCGGAGAAUAUGUUCGGGAGCUUUUGCAAGAAAAAGUUGAAUUGGAUUCGCAGAAAUGGCCUAAUGCAACUAGACUACUCGAUCAAGAAAUUCAGAAGACUCAAGCCAUUGGAAAACCAGUAAGGGAUCCGAAAUAUGUAGAUAUUUAUCGCGAAAAACCGAUUCGUGUUUCGGUUAAAGUAUUGGUACCUGUUCGGGAACAUCCAAAGUUUAAUUUCGUUGGAAAGUUAUUGGGUCCCAAAGGUAAUUCUAUGAAACGUUUGCAAGAAGAAACGAUGUGUAAAAUGGCGGUGCUAGGACGAGGAUCAAUGAAAGAUCGUCAAAAGGAAGAAGAAUGCCGUAUGUCUCUUGAUCCAAAAUAUGCUCAUCUUUCGGAUGAUCUUCACGUUGAGAUAACAGCUCUAGCACCUCCUGCGGAGGCUUAUGCCCGUAUCGCGUUCGCAUUGGCCGAAGUUAGGAAGUAUUUGAUUCCUGAUAAUAACGAUAAUAUACGUCAGGAACAAAUGCGAGAAAUGGAGAUGAGCAUGACCGAUGAUCCAACGAGUGCCGACGACAGAAGGCCUUCUAUAAGAGGCGUGCCAAGUGGCGGUGGAAUACUGAGACCCACUGCAAGACCUACGAUGCCACGAUCUUCCAGAGCGGCUAUACUUCCACCACCUUCGAGUCGAGGGCCAAUUUCGCGUCAAGUAUCAGCAAAAAGUAAAGUCUUCUCCAUUUUGGACCGCGCUAGAGUUGCUAUGGAUCAGAGUUAUGGUUACGAGACUGCUACCCCUCCUCCAAGCAAUCGCGUUGGAUCCCAUCAUGAUUAUGAUUAUCACACGUCUACCAGUGGUAGUAGUCGAUAUGGAGAUCGGCAUUACACAUCGGCGUCGGGACAUGAUAUGUAUCCUUCCUCGAGGUACACGACUUACGAGUACGAUGACGAUGCUGUCCCGCACUCUUCGCACGACUACUACGAAACAUCCGAAUAUCCAGGUGUAUAGAAGAAUAAGGAAGAUCGCGCGGGAACGCGUUUUUCUGGGUCGAAAUAUUUUAAUCUCCUGUUUCUCUGUUCAGUGGAGUUUCAAGUGCCUUCGUAUCACGUGAGUAUGAUUGAAUUUUUUAAGGUAUUUUCGUCAGAGCGAUAAUUGAGUUUCGUGUACAGAGGGAAAAGUCCUAUUGUUAAUGUGGUUCGCUUAUAAUAAUUUUUUGUUACAGUAUAUUCAUCUCCAUAACAGACUUUUAUUCUUUGUUAUAUUGUGAUUUGUAAUUUCAGCGAAACGUUCCAGGAUUUCUAGUAUCAUAAUGAAAUUUUUUUAUUUCAUUGAAAUAGUUUAACUCAUUGAUGAAAUUUUUAUUUAAUUCCAGUUUAAAAUUAGUUAUGUGAACUGCAAUUGAAAUGUUUACCAUUUAAAAAAAUCUUCAUUCCAGAUUCAAAGUUAAUUGUUUUUUAUUCUAUGAUCGCGAUUUUAUUAACUUAAUUUAUUGAGGGUUUAUAAUAAAAAAACUGAGUUAAACUAUUUUUCAGUUUCAUGUUAAGAUUGUUUAAGAGACAGAUGAGCCAGUUCUAAAGCUUGGUGAUAAAAGUAUCAAGCUCCUCUUACAUGCAUAGUAUAGGGUGUCUCAAAAUGGUUGUGUAAAAAAAGUUCUUUAGAUUGCAAAAUGUUAGAAAACUUUUCUAUUUCUUCCGAAACAGAAAACCUGCAGUGAACAACCUUUUUAAGAUACCUAGUAAAUUUUCUUUCUUAGUUACGUACAAAAAUCUAUGAGAUAGUAAGACUUUCUUUCAGGAAACGGAAUGUUCAGACAACACAAUGUUGCAUCCAUCGACGAGGAAGUUACAAAAGUUCAUUUUUAAACAGUGACGAUAAUAGAAACUAACAUUUAAGCAUUCCUGAAAUUCAGUGUCUAAUUUGGUGAUUGUUAUUGUGCAAAAGACAGAAACUCACCAAAUUUAAUCUCCAUUCAGUAUAUUUUUAUGGUAUUUUAAAUGAGAUUAGUAUUGAAUGUGAAUUUUCAUAACUAUUUUAAUUAGAUUUUUCUGUUAUAUCGUCCAGAUAUCAUUGACGUUAUUAAAUGUAAGCUUCCUAUGCGAUUUGAAAUUUCUCUAACAAUGUUUAAUUAAUAACCAAAGUGAUUAUGUGGUGUAAGUUACUGUAAUCAUUCGAGUUUUCGAAUGGACUGAUGACAAUUACAAAUUCUAUUUCUAUACGACUAUAUAGAGAUAGAUAUCAUUUGAUGACUAUAGUGAAUAUAAGUGUGUGUCCUACAAAUAUGUUCAUUCAAAGUCUGUGUUGAAAGUCUUCAAUGGAAAAUAAAUAAAUUGAACGUAAGAAGUGAA